AUGUGCCUUACUGCUCAUUUUAUUGAUGAGAAUUGGAAAUUGCACAAAAGAAUUCUUAAUAUUUGUGUUAUUUCUAGUCACAAAGGUGAGGCAAUUGGUCAAAUGAUAGAUGCAUGUUUGACUGAGUGGGGUAUAGAAAAACUUUGCACACUUACUAUUGACAAUGCUAGCUCAAAUGAUGUUGAUGUUGAUAAAUUAAAGACCAAAUUUAAUAAGAAAUGUGACUCUUUUAUUUUAGAUGGUGACUUCUUUCACAUGAGAUGCAGUGCACAUAUCCUUAACUUAAUUAUAAAAGAUGGGUUAAGUGAAUUGAAAGUUUCAAUAACGCGAAUUUGUGGGGUUGUGAGGUAUAUUAGGAGUUCUCCACAAAGAGAAAAACGUUUUAAGCAUUUUGUAGCUUUGGAGAAGAUAACAUGUAAAUGUUCUUUGUGCUUAGAUGUUCCAACUAGGUGGAAUUCCACUUGUAUGAUGUUAAAUGUUGCAUUAAAACUUCAAAAGGCAUUUGAGAGUAUGGAAGAAGAGGACCGAUAUUUUGUUAAAGAACUUGAUGAUGGCCCUCCUACCAAAAUUGAUUGGUAUGAUGCUCUAAUUUUUAAAGAUUUUUUGGAAAAAUUUUAUGAUGCCACUAAUCGCAUGGCAGGUUCUUUAUAUGUUACUGCUAAUGUAUAUUUUCAUGAAGUUUGUUUAAUUGAAAGGGAGUUGUCCGAAUGCACAAAAAAUUUGGAUCCUCGUUUAAGUGCCAUGGCUGCCAAAAUGAAGGUGAAAUUUGACAAGUAUUGGGGUAGCAUUAAGAAAGUGAAUAUAAUGUUAGUGGUUGCUGUUGUGUUGGAUCCUCGCUUCAAGUUGAACUAUGUGAGUUAUUGUUAUAGCUAA